AUGGGGUUUCGCAUCACCACUUGGAAUGGUACGCUUAACCAAGAUGAACCUGAGUCUCCAGGGUUUUCAAACACUGACAAUGAAGAACAGUCAAUGGAAUUCGCAGAGGAAGGGAUUACUGGGGUCCUAUGCCCACCUAAUUCGGAAUUGGCCUUCCGUGACAUGCCAAAGGAGCAGCAAAUAGGCGGCUAUCCGACAUUCGAGCAACUCACCAUGUCGAGCACGUCAGGUACAGAGAGCGACACCGGGGCCCCCAACGCGGGCUCUCCGGCAUCAGAGGCUCGGGUUGAUCCAGCUACCCUUGACUCAGAAGGCCGAUGUGUCGUUCUAGAGUUCCCAGCUUUCGUUUUGAUUGGGGUAUACUGUCCGGCAUAUCGAGAUGAAAGCCGAGACUCUUUCCGCAUGGAUUUUCUCAACGCUUUGGAUGCCCGAGUGCGGAAUCUAGUGACAAUGGGAAAACGUGUCGUUGUGACUGGGGAUAUCAACAUAGCUAAAGGCGGCAUUGAUUCGGCAAGCGCGAUGGAAGGAAUCCGGAAAGGCACCACAACAGAGGAGGAAUACAUAUCUGGACCGUCGUGGAAGUUGUUCAAUUCCUUACUUGCUGAUGGGGUCGUGGUUGGCGAACGCAUGGAUGGCAGAGAGGAACCCGUUCUUCAUGACAUCUGCCGAUCUUUCCACCCUGAGAGGACUGGCAUGUACACCUGCUGGGACACAAGGCUUAACACAAGGCCUGGCAACUAUGGAUCGAGGAUCGACUAUGUGCUAUGUAGCCUCGACAUGCGAGAGUGGUUCUGCGAAUCCAAUAUACAAGAAGGCUUGAUGGAGGGGCGGCGCCAGCAGGAUUACUCAAACCGCUUGCUUUUGCCAGCAUCUGGGCGUUUACUGCCUGAAUUUGAUCUUGAAAAACGACGCAGCAUCAAGGACAUGUUUGCCCGCAAACCCCCAGCUUCCCCAAACAAAGUCGCUUCUGCCGUCAAUAUUCCAGGAAGACAAGAGCUAGAUGUGAAAAACGAUUGUGUGGCAGCACCCUGCAUGGCUGAGGCAUCGCGCGUGCCGCCAGUAGCAACUUCGCGUAAACGACAGCCACCACCAUCCGCAGCUGUGACCUCCAAACGAUCGAAGCCGCUGGCGACACCCACUGCAGCCGCCUCUGGACAAAAAAGCCUGAAGGGAUUUUUCAAACCGAAGGGUCCUGCCGUCGACCCAAAAACAGAGACUUCAGAAUCGAUCGCAUUCACUGCGGCACAGGUAAUCCAACCCACUGCCAUGGCAGCCGAUUCCGAACCGGACCAAUGGGCUCUGCAAGUGCCCCGCGUAGUCCCUGAUGCGCUGGCAGCUACAGCCUCUGGAAACUCGUUUAUGAACGCCUCUCCAGACACAUCAGCAACCGAUGCUGUCAUAGAUCCUGCUGCUAGUAAGGAGAACUGGUCUAAGCUUUUUACCAGGAAACCGGUCCCCUUAUGCGAAACACAUCGAGAGCCAUGCAUAAGUCUUACUACAAAGAAACCAGGUAUGAAUUGUGGACGGGCGUUCUGGAUCUGUGCUCGCCCCUUAGGACCUAGUGGAGAGAAGGAGAAAGGAACACAAUGGCGAUGUCCAACUUUCAUAUGGGCCAGCGAUUGGAAUGGGUCUGUACAACCAGACCCUUGA